GUCUUAGUAUAAACAGAUCAGUACAAGUAGAUAAACAGAGUUUUAGAUCACUGCUGCUGUCACAGUACCAAACUCAGGAAACAGAAAAAAGUCCAAUUCAGCUAACAAAGGAGAAAAAAUCUUCCGAAGAUAAGAAUCAAAAAGCUAAAGCAAAUGAAGCAUACACAGAUGCCCAAUGUACAACAGAAAAGCAAUCAACCAAGAAAAUACCAAAGCCAGAAACUUUUAAUAGAACACAUAGAGAGUAUUUAAGGGAAGGCAGACUACUGAUGGAAGAAUACACUGGCUUGGAAUUUAUGAAAGAAGAAGAAAAAGAGACAGAUUUGCUUAAACAGGAGCUGAAAAAAAUGGUGAAAACUGAACAAACUCCUCUAAGUGACGGUGUAAAAGAGAACAAUAAAGAGGAAGAUGCAGUGAAAGAAUAUGCAAAAGAAGAAAAAAAGCCAGAUGAACAGCUGAAUAACAGUGAGAGGGCAGGGAGUAAAUGUGUAACUCCAGGUCCAAGAAACAAAACACUCAUUAGGCUGAAAAAGCCCCCCAUAUUCUCAGAAGCCACUGAGAAUUUGCAUCAUGGGCUUCCUACAUCAGGUACAAAAUCCAGAAAAGGCAGCCUUUGCACCCAUAGACGUGCAGGUCGGGACUGCAGUGAAACAGCUGAAUCAAAAGUGAAAAAUUCCUUUGGGCUAUAUGAACCAUCUUUUGGAGUUACCAAAACAAGGCGGAAGGACAGUUCCACUGAAGCGGAAGGCUGCGCUCAUAUGACAUUUGCUGACAGGAAAAACAGUCUUAUGAAAGAACUCUUUGGACCGGGCUGUGUUUGA